GCCGCCGAUUGUACAAAAUAGAGGCAUUGUGUUGAGUUGGGCGGCAUUAUGUGGGUCGUAUUGGUUGAUAUUGAGUCGGGCUAUGUAAUUUUAACUAUUUACUGUUGUACACUAUAGUUUUCUACAAACUACAGAAAGUCGUAAGAUCGACCAUGUGAAAUUAUGCUUAGCGUAAUAUUGCUCCUAAUAAAUCAGAUGAUUUUGUAGCGGAGGUUUUAAAUAUAACGCCGGCGUGCAGCUCUCUAACAUUGUACAUAAUACGAUAAUAUUAAGAUAAUCUAAACUGGAUUCUAACAUUUAGCGACAUGACCACCGAGAGUGGGACAUAACAGUGAAUGAACAGACCCGGGACACACCAACAAACAUCCCCCAUUCCACUCAUCACCAACACGUGCUGUCACCCCAGCAACAUGCCAUCUUGAUGUCGCCCUCCUCCGUUGACAGUCAGCUGAUGAAUUACUGUGUCCACGAGGAGGAGCUGUUACCACACAAUUGUCUUGGACAACAGACCAAGCUUGAUCAGUUGGUAGCAAAGAAAACAGCGAACACAAAACGAACAUGGAAAGCAGGAGUUCCCUUCAUCCUGUUCCUUAUUGUGUGUUGUCUGGUCUUCAUAUUCUGUAGAGACCAUCUUGAGGAUUUCUUGAACUGGCUGGACGCGUUACCAAGAUGGCAGAGCGGAAUAAUCUUCGUAGUUCUCUUCACCAUCAUCUCCCUGCCGGGCUCCUUCGGGUACCUCAUCCUCAACAUAGCGGCUGGCUACAUGUACGGUUUCUGGCUGGGCAUGCUCAUAAUCUUCAUCUCCGUUACGGUCGGGUCCGUCAUCGCGUUUGUCCUGAUACGGAAGUGCUUACCCGGAUGUAUUGAACGGCUUUUAUCUGACGGUGACGAUGCAGCCCUCAUAAACCCCAUGCUCAGGAUUAUCGAGGGAAAGAACGGUGUUAAGGUGAUCGCACUCUUUAGACUAACUCCGCUGCCCUUCGGAUUCCAAAACGGUGUGUUCGCCCUCACUGAUAUUAGCAUUUUUAAGUACACGUUCGCAACGUGCAUCGGCCUCCUGCCCACUCAGGCACUGAACACUUAUUUUGGAACUACCUUGCGGAGUAUAAAGGAUGUAGUGAGUAACGAUGGUGAGAGUUACAUUCUCUUUUCCUUUCAACUCCUUAUAAGUCUUGUCCUGAUGAUAUUUGUGGCGCGGCUUGCGCGCCAGGAGAUCAACAAGUGCAGUGAUAAUACUGACAAGGGAGACUUGGAGUCGGGCGAGGGAUUCAAGAAGGGACAUUCCAGAUCCAAAUCUGCUUCUGCCAUCCUCAUGUCCAAGCAAAAAAUAAUAAAUCAGCCUUCGAUUUUUAAAUGAAAUGUUAGUUUCUAGUCAUUUAGCUAUCCCUACCAUUGUACUGUGCAAUUUGUUUUAUACUUUCUAUGUAAUACUGAUAUAAAUCGCAUUGGCAACGUUUAUAUUUUUAUUUAAUGAGAGAGUAUAAAUAUGGUUUAAUGAUAAAAGCCAUAAUAAAUAUCUUGAUGCUGAUACAUAGUUUUUGUAAAGGUUUUGAUAAUGAGUUCGGAGAAAAUCUAGAUAUAAUAGAUUGUUGUCGAUGGAUUGUGCAGUGUUGUAUUUCCCAAUGUAAGGGAGAUCACAAAUAAGCUGCGGUUUUUAAAUAUCAUGAACAUUGAUAUCUCAAUUGAGUGGCUUGGUUAAAUCAGUCCUUCGCAGGAAUGUGAAUCUUGCAGGAAUUUGGCUCUUGCAGGAAUUUGGCUCUUGUAUAUGAUUUGCAGUUUAAAACUCUCUUAAUCGUUUGUACGAUGUUUCUACUUAGAUAGUUGUAAUAUAUUAGUUAUAUCAUUAUAUUUCUACUGUUAACACUCUAGAGGCACGGGCUUGGACUCGCUUUUUUUGGCUAAUUUUAAGUGUGUGAAAUUUCCGGAACUUCCCAAUAACUUGUCUUUUUCAAUGAUCUGUUUAAUGUUUAUUUUAGAUCCCAAUUUUUUUGAAGUAAACUUAAUAUAACGCGGUGAUAUUGUUAAAAAUGAUGAUGAAUUGUUUUCAAAGGAAGUAAAUGGGGUGUUUAAGUUCGUUUAUUAAACUGUCAGUUCACAGUUUUUUCAACAUUAUAAGUUCUCUUCUCAGGAACAGUAAAAUCCUAAAUUUUAUUUUUUGAAGAUAUUUUAAUACCAUCAGUCUCAUAAAAUGUUAAAAGUGGUUUUCCAUCUUAUUAUGAAUGGAAAUCGCAAAUAAUUACUCGAAAUCGCAAUUCGCAAGGAUGGCAAAACUUUAAAACUCAACCCUAACCUAAUGAUCAUGGUACACGAAUAAGAUCACACCACAAUAACACAAAUAAUCGGCUGAAUAUAUAUGUUGCCAACAUUGCAGUGCGUCUCUGGUGAAAUUGGCAGAUAUAUAGCAACCCAAUGUGACACUACACUGUUAUAAUAAUACACACGCUCUUGGUUAUAAUAUGAGACAUAGUGUUAAUUACCAGCAUAUCUCUCGGUCGUGGCUAACCGGAAAUGAAAAUAUUAUGGAAAACACCGGUUUGAUGAUCACGUACCGAACACUUUUGAACUGUCAAGAACUUAAACACACCAUUUUCCUUUUAAACUGUUGAAAUUAUUUCCUCAUUUAAUCUAAUAAUGAUUCCAAUAAUAUCAACAAAAACAUACUUUUGGGACGACUUUACCGCAUGUUAUGGUAAUAAAAUGGAGGAUUUUAAGCGAUUAUGAUAAUAUGAGGAAUGCAAAUGGGAGCUAUGUGAAUUAUGCUGAUAAGGAAUGGGAGUUAUGUGAAUAAUGCUUAUAAGGAAUGGGAGUUAUGUGAAUUAUGCUGAAGAGGAAGGGAAGUAAUGUGAAUUAUGCUGAAGAGGAAGGGGAGUUACAUGGAUCACCUUACCAGAUAGGACUAGGUUUUAGACAAUGUAUGUAAAGAUGAAGAUGUGUUGCACUUUUUUUAGUGCCCGACGUGAGUAGUGUUAGUGAAAGAUUGAAAAUGAAGUAUUUUAUGAAGUGAAAGUGAAAUAUUUUGUUAAUUCGUUCACAUGGCAUUAUCCUAUCUCUUCCGUGUUUCGUGUAUUCGUCGAUUUGAUACUUAGCAACUCCUUGUUACUUAUUUUUGUAUUGAACUUUGUUAAAA